GGUUACACUGGAUUGAUGAAAAAUGGAGAAGGAUGCGGUAUGCCGGGUUUGCCUGCAGCAGGAAGGAGACAUGAUCAACAUAUUCGAUGGUGCACAGGACCCGGGGAUUUCCAUUGCGGAUAUGAUUAGCCGGUGGUCUGGCUACCAAGUAAAGAAAGGAGACUCUCUUCCGGAAACGAUCUGUCCGACUUGCUUGGAAGACGCUCGGGUGACAUUUGGAUUCAUUCAAGGGUUUGAAGAGGAAGGGAUCUAUAAAGUGGUCAAGUGCGAGAAAUCGCGAAUAGAAAAACAGCUGGAGGACACCAAAGAAGUAGAAGUACCUUUGAUAGCCCAAAAAUACCUGGUAAAACACGAGCCUGUGGACGAUGAGGUAUUCCUGGAAACGGGCGGCAAUGCAUCAAACGAUCCAUUCGAGAAAGGCAUCUGCAAGAUAGAAGUUGAUGAUGCUAACCAAUCUAGACUCCCCAGCUCCAUUUCAUUGGAUCUAGAUACAUCUCCUAUUGUUCCAGACUUACCUUCUCGCGGAAGGCGACGCUACAAGUGUUCCAUGUGCACAAAAUCAUUCGCGGAACCCUCGCAGUUUAGUCAACACAUUCUAACUCAUUCGGGAGAUGAUGCCGAUAGUCAGGAAUCGAAGUUUUCUGGCUCAGAUUUUAGUAACUCUGAAGAGGACAAUUACGAAGAAGAUGACUAUAACCAUCCAUCUGAAUCGGACAUGCCUGCCCAAAAGCAUCAGGAUAAACGGUGCCAAAUAAGUAACCCAUCCAGAACGCUUUUGAAGCGUACAUUGAAUCAAGCUAAUAUCAAGCCGAAAUCUGAUUUGCAUGCAGCACAGCCAUAUCGCACUACUUACAUGCCUUACAAAUGUAACUAUUGCCCGAAAUUUCUGAAGGACAAGGACUCCUACAGAUUACAUCUUCGAUCCCAUGAGAAACGAUACAAGUGUUCCCAAUGUCCAAAGACUUUUGCAAAUUCAAAGCAGCAUAAGAAACAUAUUUUGAGCCACUCAAAGGAUUCAUCCGAUAGACCUAAGUGCCCACGAUCAGAUGUCGCAGCCCGGGCUUUCAAAUGCCCCAAGUGUCCCAAGACGUUUCCGUUUUCCUCCAGUUGCAGUCGUCAUCUACUAAGUCACGCACAGACUCGUCCGUACCAGUGUCCGGAGUGCCCUAACUCGUAUGCCCGUCCCUAUGCCCUGCGUGCCCACGUUUUAUCCCACUCCGAGGAGCGAUCCCACAAGUGUGAGCAGUGUUCAAAGUCCUUUCGGCAUAAACAUCAUCUCAAUGAGCACAAGCUGACCCACAGCGACAAAAAGCUGCAUACGUGUAGCCAAUGCGAGAAGUCCUUUACGUAUGCUUCGGGUCUAAGUCGACACAUCCUGUUGCACAAUGGGGAGAAACCUCACAAGUGCGAGUUUUGUUCAAAGUCUUUUUCCCGCGCUUCUGAUUUGAAAAUUCACACCCGCAUCCACACGGGGGAAAAACCGUAUAGGUGCGCCCACUGCAAGAAGUAUUUUUCGGUUCUAACGAAUAUGGCUAGACACCAAAGGAAAUGCCAUUCUUGACUCCUAUUUUUGGGAUUCCUAAUUUUUGCUUAAGAGAAAAUAAAACUGUUGGUUUUUGUAAGACA